GAACUGUACUGCUCGGCGGAAUUAAUCAGAGGUGUAGAUGGCGAGCUUAUCUUUCUUUCGGCACUGAACAUUUUUCUGUCCAUUGCAGCAUUUUUGGGGAACACUCUGAUCCUAGUUGCUCUUCACAAGAAAACUUCACUUCAUCCGCCUUCCAAACUCCUGUAUCGUAGCCUAGCGAUAUCUGAUCUCUGUGUUGGUAUCAUUGUAGGGCCUUUGGCUGUGACGUAUUGGAUUUCUGUUGUGAACGAAAGAUGGAAUAUUUGCUAUUUCGCAUAUUGGGCAGUGAGUUUCUCAAGUCAUACGUUGUGUGCAGUGUCUUUAUUGACAUUGACUGCAAUAAGCGUGGACAGACUUCUCGCCUUGUUACUGGGGCUCAGAUACAGACAAAUUGUUACUUUAAAAACAGGAUAUAUAACCGUAAUUAGUUUUUGGAUUUUGUCCAUCGUCGUUGCAUCUACUAUCUUUUUGAAUACUAUUAUAAUUUCAUGGUAUCAAUACAUAGUUAUAGCUCUGUGUCUUCUCGCCAUAAUCUUCUCUUACACAAAAAUUUUCUUCACUCUUCGUCAGAACCAAAUUUAUGUUCAGAACUAUGUUGCCCAUGGACAACCUAGCCAAGUAAUUCCACUUAACAUAGCUCGAUACAGAAAGGCAGUAUACAGCGCACUGUGGGUGCAGGGAACAUUGGUUGUUUGUUAUCUGCCAUCUUGUAUAGUGGUAGCUUUGACACCUCAAAAAGGAAUGCCUUUAUCUACUUACCUUGCUAGGGAAUUUACGAUUACUUUGGUGUAUUUAAACUCGUCUUUAAAUCCGUUGUUAUACUGCUGGAAGAUCACAGAAGUGAGGGAAGCCGUAAAANGCGAUAUCUGAUCUCUGUGUUGGUAUCAUUGUAGGGCCUUUGGCUGUGACGUAUUGGAUUUCUGUUGUGAACGAAAGAUGGAAUAUUUGCUAUUUCGCAUAUUGGGCAGUGAGUUUCUCAAGUCAUACGUUGUGUGCAGUGUCUUUAUUGACAUUGACUGCAAUAAGCGUGGACAGACUUCUCGCCUUGUUACUGGGGCUCAGAUACAGACAAAUUGUUACUUUAAAAACAGGAUAUAUAACCGUAAUUAGUUUUUGGAUUUUGUCCAUCGUCGUUGCAUCUACUAUCUUUUUGAAUACUAUUAUAAUUUCAUGGUAUCAAUACAUAGUUAUAGCUCUGUGUCUUCUCGCCAUAAUCUUCUCUUACACAAAAAUUUUCUUCACUCUUCGUCAGAACCAAAUUUAUGUUCAGAACUAUGUUGCCCAUGGACAACCUAGCCAAGUAAUUCCACUUAACAUAGCUCGAUACAGAAAGGCAGUAUACAGCGCACUGUGGGUGCAGGGAACAUUGGUUGUUUGUUAUCUGCCAUCUUGUAUAGUGGUAGCUUUGACACCUCAAAAAGGAAUGCCUUUAUCUACUUACCUUGCUAGGGAAUUUACGAUUACUUUGGUGUAUUUAAACUCGUCUUUAAAUCCGUUGUUAUACUGCUGGAAGAUCACAGAAGUGAGGGAAGCCGUAAAAGAAACAAUUAGGCAACUCUUCCGAUGA